AAAUUUAAUGGGUGACAAAGUAAGCCAACCUGCGUGAGUGACGAUAUUAAAAACCAUACAUCGUGUCAUUCUUGUAAAUCUCUCUUAGGGCAAGGGCCAAUCCUUGUGCCCCUGCCCCUGUAGUUCGAAGUAUUUAGGGUUUCAAUCUAGGGUUUUUCUUAUCCCUUUUCCCAGAGGAGCAAACGAAGAGGAGCAACUGCAGCAGCCAUGGUUCUCAAGACAGAGCUUUGUCGAUUUAGUGGUGCAAAGAUAUACCCUGGUAAGGGUAUCAGAUUUGUUAGAGCGGAUUCGCAGGUGUUCCUAUUUGCCAAUUCGAAAUGUAAGCGAUACUUCCACAACCGCCUGAAGCCUUCAAAGCUCACCUGGACUGCAAUGUACAGAAAGCAACAUAAGAAGGACAUAGCUGCAGAGGCUGUGAAGAAGAGGCGUCGUGCCACCAAGAAGCCAUAUUCCAGGUCCAUAGUUGGAGCUACAUUGGAAGUCAUCCAAAAGAAGAGAACUGAAAAACCAGAAGUUCGGGAUGCUGCUCGUGAAGCUGCUCUCCGUGAGAUAAAGGAGAGAAUCAAGAAAACGAAGGAUGAAAAGAAGGCAAAGAAAGCAGAAGUUUUGGCCAAGACUCAGAAGACUGGUAGAGGAAGCAUGCCUAAGGGAGGAGGUGCUGCACCCAGGGGCCAAAAGCUGGGAGGCGGAGGUGGUGGAAAGCGCUGAGCUUCCAACUUUAGGAAAAGAGGAAUCAUGUUGAGGAGACUUUGUUGUUAUUUCUUGUGCUUAUGUUCUGAAAAAGAUUCGUGUUUUCUGUCGUAUUUUUCAUAUGAAUUUUGCAGUUUUAAGUUUCUUUUGGAGCGCAUAAGUUGAUACUUACCCAGGCAUUCUUGAUCAAUGUGGAUUCACAGUUUACAA